AUGGGAAUCUGCUUGAGCAAUCAGAAGCACGAGAAAUCAAACGCCGCCCGGAACGGAAAUGGGGCGGCCCACCACCAUCACCAAACCCCAAUCCAGUACACGAUGUCCCCCGGCUUCGCCGCCGGCCAAUUGGGUCCUCCGGCCCGGCCGCCGGCCCACACGAUCCUCGGGAAGCCGUACGAGGACGUCCGGGCGCACUACAAUCUGGGCAAGGAGCUGGGCCGGGGGCAGUUCGGGGUGACGCACCUGUGCACCGAGAUCGCGAGCGGGCGGCAGUACGCCUGCAAGUCCAUCUCCAAGAGGAAGCUCGUGACCAAGGGCGACAAGGAGGACAUGAGGAGGGAGGUCCAGAUCAUGCAGCACCUGAGCGGGCAGCCCAACAUCGUGGAGUUCAAGGGCGCGUACGAGGACCGGCAGUCGGUCCACCUCGUCAUGGAGCUCUGCGCGGGAGGGGAGCUUUUCGAUCGGAUUAUCGCCAAGGGGCAUUACAGUGAGAAGGCGGCGGCCUCCAUUUGUGGGUCUAUUGUGAGCGUCAUCCAGAUUUGCCAUUUUAUGGGGGUGAUGCACCGAGAUCUCAAGCCUGAGAAUUUCUUGCUGUCAGACAAGAGCGAGGGUGCGCUGCUCAAGGCCACGGAUUUUGGGCUGUCGGUUUUUAUCGAGGAAGGGAAGGUAUACAAGGACUUAGUUGGCAGUGCAUAUUAUGUUGCUCCCGAAGUUUUACGACGUGCAUAUGGGAAAGAAGCUGAUGUUUGGAGUGCUGGAGUCAUGCUAUACAUAUUACUCAGUGGUGUACCUCCUUUUUGGGGGGAGACUGAGCGGGGAAUAUUUGACGCCAUUCUAAAAGGAGAUUUGGAUUUUUCAACUGAGCCUUGGCCAUCAAUAUCACACAGUGCCAAGGACCUUGUUGCUAAAAUGCUUACGCAGGACCCAAAGAAGCGAAUUACAGCUGCGGCUGUUCUUGAGCAUCCUUGGAUUAAAGGUGAGGAAGCAUCUGAUAAGCCACUCGACGGUGCAGUUCUUUCUAGGAUGAAGCAGUUCAGAGCAAUGAACAAGCUCAAAAAACUUGCACUCAAGGUAAUUGCAGAAAAUCUUUCUGCUGAAGAAAUUCAAGGGCUAAAAGCAAUGUUCACAAAUAUGGACACGGACAAAAAUGGAACCAUCACUUACGAAGAACUUAAAGUUGGUUUGGCUAAUCUUGGAUCAAAGCUCACCGAAGCUGAAGCUAGGCAGCUAAUGGAUGCUGCUGACGUUGAUGGGAAUGGGACAAUAGACUACAUUGAGUUCAUCACUGCUACAAUGCACAGGCACAGAUUAGAAAGGGAGGAAAACCUUUACAAAGCAUUCCAUUAUUUUGACAAGGAUAGCAGUGGGUUCAUAACAAGAGAUGAGCUUGAGACGGCAAUGCAAGAACACGGAAUGGGUGACCCAUCAACUAUAAGAGAAAUAAUAUCUGAAGUUGACACCGAUCACGAUGGAAGGAUUAAUUAUGAAGAGUUCUGCAGCAUGAUGAGAACUGGAACCCAACAGCAAGGAAAGCUUUUCUAG